AUGCACUCGGUUAUGCUCAGAGCCAACGCUCUGCUAACGUUUUCCGUCACCAUUCUUGCUCUAAUGUGCGCCAUGGCCUCUCUCUCUGACAACUUUAAUUCACCAUCUCCCACCGCCCAAGUCCAAGUGUUGAAUAUCUAUAGGUUUCAAAAGAAGCGCAACGGUGAUGAUGAGGUCAGUUUGACAUUUAAUAUGUCAGCGAACUUACAAUCUUUGUUUACGUGGAAUACAAAGCAGGUUUUUGUAUUUUUAGCAGCUGAAUAUGAAACUCCAAAGAAUGCACUGAAUCAGAUUUCCUUGUGGGAUAGCAUUCUACCUUCCAAAGAAGAUGCAAAAUUUUGGAUUCAGACAACAAACAAAUAUAGCUUUGUCGACCAAGGAAGCAAUCUGCAGAACAAAGACUUCAACUUGACAUUGCAUUGGCAUGUGAUGCCAAAGACUGGCAAGAUGUUUGCUGACAAAAUUGCCAUGACCGGCUUCCGCUUACCCGAGACAUAUAGAUGA